UCUCUGCUUAGGAGGAGCUUCAGGAUUUUCACUUGUUUCAAUCUCAUUUGAAGACUCGUUUACCAAGGAGCCUGCAACUCAGACGGGGGAAAGGUAUCUGGACUUCCCAGCUGACUGACAGACCCUGCAGUGUUGUCUUCCCUACCAGUAGACUGAAUGACCAGACCAGACCAGGCAGUGUUGUCUUCCCUACCAGUAGACUGAAUGACCAGACCAGGCAGUGUUGUCUUCCCUACCAGUAGACUGAAUGACCAGACCAGACCAGGCAGUGUUGUCUUCCCUACCAGUAGACUGAAUGACCAGACCAGACCAGGCAGUGUUGUCUUCCCUACCAGUAGACUGAAUGACCAGACCAGACCAGGCAGUGUUGUCUUCCCUACCAGUAGACUGAAUGACCAGACCAGACCAGGCAGUGUUGUCUUCCCUACCAGUAGACUGAAUGACCAGACCAGACCAGGCAGUGUUGUCUUCCCUACCAGUAGACUGAAUGACCAGACCAGACCAGGCAGUGUUGUCUUCCCUACCAGUAGACUGAAUGACCAGACCAGACCAGGCAGUGUUGUCUUCCCUACCAGUAGACUGAAUGACCAGACCAGACCAGGCAGUGUUGUCUUCCCUACCAGUAGACUGAAUGACCAGACCAGACAGUGUUGUCUUCCCUACCAGUAGACUGAAUGACCAGACCAGACCAGGCAGUGUUGUCUUCCCUACCAGUAGACUGAAUGACCAGACCAGGCAGUGUUGUCUUCCCUACCAGUAGACUGAAUGACCAGACCAGGCAGUGUUGUCUUCCCUACCAGUAGACUGAAUGACCAGACCAGGCAGUGUUGUCUUCCCUACCAGUAGACUGAAUGACCAGACCAGGCAGUGCUCCCAGUGUAUCUGGACCAGGGACUAUUUGGCCUCAGUGACUGGACUCUGCAGUGUUACCAUCAGUUUUGGACUAUAUAAACUGUAUUCGGACUGACUGACCAGCUCCAGUGAUCCUCCCUCCUUCCAUCCCAGCAGAAAACAUGACCCCUCAGACCCUUUAAACUCAGACCCCUCCAACAGCCAGUCCACAUGGACACCACCUCCACCCACUGGCAGCUAGGCAUCCUGGGUAACGACAGUCUCAGCCUCCACCUCGACCGGCCGGGGUUCCACUCUGACAUCACCAAGCAUGUAGGAGUCCAGGCUGCUUUGAUCACAGCGUAUAGUCUGAUCAUCCUACUGGGUCUAGUAGGCAACGCCCUUGUCAUCUACAUGAUCAUCCGCUUCCGGAACAUGAGGACAGUCACUAACUUCUUCAUAGCUAACCUGGCCCUGGCUGACCUGUUGGUGGAUACGUUGUGUUUACCGUUCACACUGGUUUAUACCUUGCUCGACGAGUGGAAGUUUGGUGCGGUGCUGUGUCACAUGGUCCCGUUCGCCCAGGCGCUGAGCGUGCACGUAUCAAUCCUGACGCUGACCGUCAUCGCUCUGGAGCGCUACAGGUGUAUCGUGUUCCACCUGGGCCAGCGCCUCACCUGGCGAAGCAGCCUGCUCAUCAUGGCUCUCACCUGGACGCUGUCCGCCGUGCUGGCCGGCCCGCUCGCCAUCUUCAGAGAGUACCGUCAGGAGGAGAUCCCGUCCAUCAACCUGAGGAUCUCAGUCUGCUAUGAGAAGUGGCCGUACGGCAGCAGCAGAGACGGAGUCAUUUACAGCCUGUCUAUGUUACUGCUGCAGUACGUGCUGCCACUCUCCAUCAUCAGUUAUGCCUACAUCUGCAUCUGGAUGAAGCUAAAGAACCACGUGAGUCCAGCGAGCCGCAUCGACGCCAUUCAGCGCAGGAAGAAGACCACCAAGAUGCUGGUUAUGGUGGUUGUAGUCUUCGCCACAUGCUGGUUACCCUUCCACCUGUUUCAACUAGCCAGUGACCUAGACCUGGUGCUCAGCUUAAGACAAUACAAGCUCAUCUAUACUCUCUUCCACAUCGUAGCCAUGUGCUCCACCUUCGCCAACCCGCUCCUGUACGGCUGGAUGAAUAAGAACUACAGGAAUGGGUUCCUCAUGGUGUUCAGGUGUGAGGCUAAACCAGACAGUAUUCACCCUGAGGGAUCCUUCAGGACCCGGUCACUAAGGAGGAUGUCUCUGAACAGGAGGAACGGAGGACACCCUCCAACUGCCGUCUGAUUGGUUGAUUGAUUUGCCGUCUGAUUGAUUGAUUGAUCUGCCGUCUGAUUGAGGCUGCUGUAUGGAGUGAUAUUAGCACCAUUAGAAAGAGAAUCUGAGGCUGCUGUAAAAAAAAAAAAAAAGAAGCAUUGUGUGGGUCAGAACGGCCCGUAGGGCAGCAGCCCAUCUCCUGUUUCUGUAGAGUGAACCAGAACGGCCCGUAGGGCAGCAGCCCAUCUCCUGUUUCUGUAGAGUGAA